CAUCCACAACCUGCAGCAGAUCAAUCUCAAGAACAUCAGUUCAAGGUGCAAUGGACAAUAGUAUUCCUUUAUCGGUAAUUCGAUACCGAGAAUGUCUGAAGAAUCACGCAGCAAGUACUGGAGGCUACGUUCUAGACGGCUGCGGCGAGUUCAUGCCAAAUGGAGAAGAUGGAACGCCUGAGGCCUCUAAGUGUGCAGCAUGUGAAUGCCAUCGGAACUUUCACCGAAAAGAGAUGAGAGACGAGCCGCUCUCACAGCAAGCUUUACUCGGUGCUUUCUUCAUCUCCAACUCGGUCAGAAACAAUGGCCAUCGCAGUGAUGGGACGCCAGUUCCACUCUCUCGUCACCAUCAUUUACCGGCAGUUCCAAUUUCUUCGAUGAUGAUGGCAUUUGGAGGAGGAAGCAAUGGAGCUCCGGAUGAGUCUUCCAGUGAGGGCCUGAAUAUGUAUUAUCCGUCUGAUAAUGGAGCCCGGGAGCUGUUCUGUCAGCAGACACAACUGAUGAAGAAACGAUUCAGGACAAAGUUCACACAGGAACAGAAGGAGAAGAUGGUAGAAUUUGCUGAAAGGUUGGGGUGGAAGAUUCAGAAACAUGAUGAACUAGAAAUGCAGCAGUUCUGCGAUGAGGUGGGCGUAAGGAGGCAAGUUUUCAAGGUUUGGAUGCACAACAAAAAACAAGCCAUGAAGAAGAAACACAUGUAAGAACGUACUACUUGUUUUACUACAAACCCAUUUCGUGAAAUAAUGCAUCCAUGGUUGCGCACAGUCCUAAUUAGGCUUUGAAAGAGUGAAGAGAGUUAAUAUUAGGUUCUUGAAUGAAUAUAUCUCAAUACCAAUUUGUCAUGUUACUUCUA